CUCUGAUUCUCUUUCCGCUCCCUCUCCUGCCUGCAAUGAGGCUGUCUCAACUUUCAACGCCCUCCCACGCAAGACCCAACUUCCUUAAGAAUGAAUCAGUGCAGAAGGUGAUUACUUCAGUGUCAUUCCUCCAAACAAUUUGUUCAAGACAACACUAGAGCACUGAGACAAGUGGCGACUCGCACACUCUGGAAGAGUCGACGCGACAAGGCUGUCCGGAUACCCGAUCAUAGGUCACCUAGCUUACUCGUUUACGAGGAAGAAGGAUGACUCUGGACAGCGGGCGGAAGGAGCUGCUGUGGAAAACGCUGAUGGAGCUGGGGGAAGACGACUUCAAGGCCUUCAAAUUCUUCACGGACCUGCCUCAAAGGGUACUUGACACCCCCAGCCCGGUGGACGUUGCUUACGAGAUGGUGAAGAAGCACGGCGAGAAUGCUUUGGAGGAGACCAUCAAGAUUCUAAAGAGGAUCGGUAACAAUAACUUGGCUGAGAUGUUGCGUUGCAACGUGCUUGAAAUAAGAGGCACCGUCUUCUCAGUCCACGAUGACAAUGAUCAACUUGCCAGAUUGAAGGCAGACCUGCAAAGCAACCUGCAUAGUUUAUACAGCAUUGUUCCCGAGGGCAACACCGAGCGAUGGAAGCAGCAGCCUCUGGUGGAUGUCUACACGGAGCUGGAUGUCAGCUACGGGGCCAACGUCAGUCCCGACGAACGGCACGAGGUCCUUCAGAUGGAGACUCGUGCCGCGGCGGCCAGGGAGUCUAUCUUGCCUUGUGACAUCUUCAAAAGCCCUGACGGGAAGCCGCGACCGAUACGCACGCUGCUCACAGUCGGCUUCGCGGGAAUCGGAAAAACCUUCCUGGUUCAAAAUUUUGUGUGCGACUGGGCCAGCGGGAAUACAAACCAGGACGUACACUUCAUAUUUCCCUUCACCUUCCGCGAGUUGAACACGGACAAAGGGAAAAGUUUUACGCUGGCCAAGCUCAUCCGACGCUACGUUUGCGAGAGUAGGCACAUGAGCGAGGAGACGUUGAACAAUAUAUUUGCCGAACUGCAGACGUCCGGGAAGCGGGACUACGAAAGCAGCAGGAUCAAGGUCUUGUUUGUCUUGGACGGAUUGGACGAGUGCAACUUCAAAAUGGACUUGAAGAAUGAAAUGAAAGUAGACAUGGACGUGACAGAGGCCUACCCUCUGGAGGUGCUCCUGGCGCACCUUAUCAAGAGGAACCUGCUUUCCUGCGCCAGGAUUUGGAUCACCACGCGGCCCGCGACGGCCCACGAGAUCCCCUCCGACUUCAUCGACAGCAGAACAGAGGUGAGAGGAUUCAGUGAUUCCCAGAGGCUGGAGUACUUCAUGAACAGGUUCCCAAAUGAAGAUCGCAUCAUCGAGUACAUCCAAAAGUCUCGCACCAUCUUCAUCAUGUGCCACCUGCCCAUCUUUUGCUGGAUCACCUCUACAAUUCUACAGGAUCAUUUGGACAAAGGGAAGGUGGGAGAACUUCCCACAACGCUGACCGAAUUGUACUCAGAGCAUGCCUUUCGCCACCUUGACACGAGCAAGGAGAGACAGACGACGGAGUAUGCCUGUGACGUGAAAGCGCUAGCAAAGCUGGCCUUUCACAACACCAUGAGUAAACGUCAAAUCUUCUAUGAGAAGGAUCUGGCGGACUGCGGCUUUGAUUACGAACAAGCCGCAAAACACUGCGGAAUAUUCACCGAGGUGUUCAGGGAGGUCCGUCCGCUCAGAAGAAACUUACAAGGCAAGAUGUUUCAGUUCAUCCAUCUGACCAUCCAGGAGUAUAUGGCCGCAUUCUACGUGAUGAUGAGCCUCUUCCACGACAACAAGAACGUACUGACUGAUUCAGAGCUGGAACCGGCAGGUGUUUUCCAAGAAGAAGAAAAAUCAGAAGAAUUAGAAGAAAUAGAAUCAGAAGACGAAGAAACAGAAUUAGCAGAAGAAGAAAAAGAAGAUGAAGGUUCUUGGAAAAUCACUGAGGUCCUAAGGUCAGCUCUCCAGAAAGCCUCGGAGAGUGAAGGAAACCUGGACUUGUUCCUUCGCUUCCUCGUUGGUCUUUCCUUGCCGUGCAACCAGGAAGUAGUGGGUGAACUGCUGAAGGCCCCUCAGUACUGCAGGCAAAGCAAGUCAAAAACAGUCAAGUUGAUCAAGGAAAGGAUCAAACGGAACACUCCAGAGAACAACAUCAACUUGUUCUACUGCUUAAACGAGCUGAAGGACGACUCCUUGCUGAAGCAGAUCCAGAAAGAAAUAGUCUUAAGUUUCCACUGGGAAGACAUGCCAGAUUAUAUGUGGUCUGCCCUGGCCUUCUUACUUACCAACGACGAAACCUUGAAGUCCAUUUACCUGUCGGAAUACGCCCAAUCACCUUUGGUGCUCGAGAAACUGUUGGUGGUUGUCAAGGCUUCUCAAAAAUUAGAGCUAGUCGAAUGUUACCUGGACAAACGCAGCUGUCACCUGCUGGCUUCCGUCCUCAGCUCUCCCUCCAACCUGAGGCAUCUGGACCUGAGUCUGAACGAUCUGUCGGACGAGGGGGUCGAGAUCCUCUCGAAAGGAUUGACCAGUCCUCACUGCAUCUUACAAUUCCUGGGGCUACAAUGCUGCGGAAUGACGAAGCAAGGAUGCAUUUUGUUGGCGGAGUCUCUCAAGUUAAACCCCUCUCAUCUUCAAGAGCUGCACCUGAACUUCAACAAUCUGUCGGACGAGGGGGUCAAGAUCCUCUCGAAAGGACUGGCCAGUCCAUACUGCGUCUUACAAGUCCUCAAGCUGUCAGAGUGUGGGAUCACGGGGCGAGGAUGUGUGUCGUUGGCCGAGCCUCUCAUGUUAAACCCUUCCUAUCUUCAACAGCUUUAUUUGAACUUCAACAAUCUGACAGACGAGGGUGUUGAGGCCCUCUCGAAAGGACUGGCAAGUCCACACUGCACCUUACAAGUCCUCGAGCUGUCAGAGUGCGGGAUCACGAAGCAAGGAUGUGUUUCAUUGGGGGAGGCUCUCAAGUUAAACCCCUCCCAUCUUCAAGAGCUGGACCUGUGCUGGAACGAUCUGUCGGACGAGGGGGUCGAGAUCAUCUCGGAAGGACUGGCCAGUCCACACUGCAGCUUAAAAGUCCUCCAACUUUCAUGGUGCAAUAUCACGGAUAAAGGGUGCGUUUCAUUGGCUAAGGCGCUCAAGUUACACUCCUCUCAUCUUCAAGAGCUGUACCUUUGGGGCAAUCAAAUAGGAGAAGAAGGAAAGAGGGUCUUAUUGGACGUCCAAGAGGAUCCCAGCUAUCAGCUAAAGACUGUGUGCUUCACCGGGUGAAACGAAGAACAACGUUCGGUCCUUGGUGUCAAGAAGGGCGAGUCAUUCCAAGUUUUCAUUUUUAGAAGACGUUGAGCCCAAUUGGUCUCCUUCGGAUUUAGUUCGGUGCUACGUACUGUCCGACGAUCUCAAGAGCAUCGGGUGUCGGCUCAACAUGCACAAGCAGCUUCGCUCACUGAAUUUGAGGCGGUCCGCCCGUCGGCUUUGGGAUGUUUGCAGCGACGCCGCUACUGGCAGGUGGAGUUCAAGGGGGAAGGUCUACGACGCUGCCACCAAACUAUUGGCAGUUAUUUUCUGACAUGAAUUGAAAUGUGUUUGUCACGAGUAGACGUCCAGUCCAUUUGGACUGGGAGGGGCUGACCAAAAGGAUUGGACUUGGCACCGUGAACAGCAAACAAUGAGUUCAGUAAAUACUAGAAGCGUGCGAAAUUUCCGAUUCUUUGAUUAUUCGCGAUUCGGCCGUAGAAGAUUUGAGAUAGAUUCACAUACAUCCAUUUUUCGAUUACUGAAAUAUGUCAAGGAAAGCGGAACUAAAACACAGUCAGCACGGUGUCAAAUUCAAAAAUAGAUCCUUAGGUUGACAUUGUAAAAUUACCCAAAAAUAAGGAGAGAAGACACUCAGUUUUCUUGGCCAAGGAGGUCAAACAUGUGACUCAUGAGCCACCAAGAUUGAUCUAAAGGACAAAAAACCUCCUUGGUAUUUUAUUUAGGGGUUUUCCCUGAACAAGAUGGGUGUCGCCCUGAGGGAGGGGAAAGCAGGCUGGCGACACCCAUGUGGUUUUUUAUUGGCUAUGUGUGUGCAUGUAGGUGGAAUUAAGUGAUACACGUGUGUGGAGCAAGAGCUUAUGUAAACAAUCAAAACAAUCAUAUAAACAGUCAAAAUAAUAUAUAAACAGUCAAAAUAAUGCAGACACUUUUAGUUAUGCAACGUUAAACAAUCAGCAGAAUAGUCCAAACACUUCCAGUUAUGCACCGCUGUGGCCCUGGAAGAUGUCCUCGGAUGGAAAAUCGUCCUCGAAGGGCUAGGCGAAAGUCCAAACCCCAGGUGCUGAGGAUGCCUGGAAGGUCCAGUUACGCAACGACGCGGCCAUGAAGCCACCCCGACCCUCUUCUGCACUUUGUAACACUUAAACAUUAUACUACAAUCUGGUAUAGCAAGCAAUAAUCAUUUACUGGUUAUAUACAUAAGAAAAAUAUGGCAAUAUGUAUUAUUUAUGGUAUAUAUGAGCAUAAGCAAAUAUUCAAUCAACCAAUCAAGCAAACAUUUAAUAAAUCAAACCCCGAUAAUUAUCUCAACACACGGUCUUCAGGACGCAAUGAGGAACGGACCGAGAGUAAAUGUCACAGGGUAGAAGUGUUGUUAUAUUAUUUUGAUUGUUUUGGGGUUUUUUGUGAGGUUUUGCUUUUUGUAUUUACUGCUUGUAGUGUUUAGUUGAACCUCCAGCCUAAAUGACCCCAAUUAGAACACCUGUAGCACUGUGGCCAUUCUCAAUAGACUGAGGACUAAGCCAAUUGGAGGCCGACAGGGGCGGGACAAGUUUGGCCUAUCAUCCACACGCACACCUAAACCGGAGUUCGCAAGAACGAUGCGGAAAGUGAGUAAGUGCGAAUUCUGCGUUUGUGGCGCCAUCAUGUGGACACUGAUAACCGAAGAUUUAACCGUGGAAAUGUCACUGGCUGCGACAAACUUUGUCCCCACGUCACACGAGACCAACGUUUACAUCUGGAGUCAACAUGGAUAUUGUCGCUGUUUUUAGAUCUAAUUAUUAGACAGGUAGUGUUGGCAACCAUUUAUUUACAAACUCUUGAAUUGCUCCAUAUUGAGGAACACAAGCGGAGGACGGGAUUACUGACAAUUAUUUGUCGGCGUAUGAGACUGACGCCAUGUUUUCCAAUUUGAAGAAGUGACGUCGCGAGAAGGGAAGCUUACUCUGAUUGAAUGGGAUCUGGGGAUCUGCUGCCACCUUGAGGCCUGGCAUUGUUAUGAAUGUACUUAAAACGAAUAAAUGCGGUUGGCUGUCGAUGCUGUUUUUUUUUCUACAAACGUGCAGUUGUGGACGUAAUUUUUUUUUUUCUGGCGUAUUACAGCAGAAAUCCU